AAGGGCUUCUGAACAAGUAAAAACAUGUCUCUCUUGGUUAUUAUGUUCUCUCUACUUUUGGCCAUCUUUAGCUAUAGCCUGUUGAAGUACUUGAUAAUGAGGAAGCAAGGUCAUCGGCUUCCUCUCCCUCCAGGUCCUAAACCAUGGCCAAUCAUUGGAAACCUUCCGCACAUGGGUCCUAUGCCACACCAAAACCUAGCCGCCUUAGCUCGAAGCUACGGCCCGUUGCUACACCUUCGGUUGGGUUUUGUGGAUGUUGUUGUGGCGGCAUCGGCUGCUGUGGCCGAGCAAUUCCUGAAGAUUCACGACGCUAACUUCUCCAGUCGGCCACCCAACGCCGGUGCUAAAUACAUCGCUUAUAAUUAUCAUGACAUAGUGUUUUCACCUUACGGCUCCAGGUGGCGUUUGCUACGUAAAAUCAGCUCGGUUCAUCUUUUCUCAGCCAAGGCCUUGGAUGAUUAUAGACAUGUCCGCAAGGAGGAGGUGGCAGCAUUGGCGCUUAAAUUGGCGAGUUCAAGAGCUAGACCUGUGAGUCUAGGGCAAUUGCUCAACAUAUGCACAGCAAAUACCUUAGGGCGGGUGAUGCUAGGUCGGAGGGUGUUCAGUGACGGCGGUGACGGUAGCCAUGGCGGUGAUCCUAAGGCAGAUGAGUUCAAAUCAAUGGUUGUGGAGGUGAUGGUCUUGUCCGGAAUGUUCAACAUUGGUGACUUUAUCCCUGCUCUCGAAUGGCUAGACUUACAGGGCAUAGUUUCAAAGAUGAAGAAGCUGCACCAGAAAUUUGACAAGUUCUUGAGUGAUGUUCUUGAGGAACAUAAAAGGUUGAUGAACAAGAGUGAUGAUCAGAAACAAACAGACAUGUUGAGCACAUUGAUUUCAUUUCAGAGUGAGGAAGGAAAGCUCACAGAUACUGAAAUCAAAGCUGUGCUUCUGAACAUGUUUCUUGCAGGCACUGACACGUCAUCAAGCACUGUAGAAUGGGCCAUGGCAGAGCUCAUCCGUCAUCCUAAAAUUUUGGCUCAAGUCCAACAAGAGUUGGACUCAGUUGUGGGCAAAGACCGGCUUGUUUCCGAAUUGGACCUACCCAAACUGACCUAUUUUCAAGCCUUCAUCAAAGAAACUUUCCGCCACCACCCAUCGACUCCGCUCUCUCUUCCCCGGAUAGCAGCAGAGAGUUGCGUUAUCAAUGGCUACCACAUCCCAAAAGGCUCCACAUUAUUGGUCAACAUAUGGGCCAUCGGACGUGACCCAAAUAAGUGGGCUGAGCCACUUGAGUUUAGACCAGAAAGGUUUUUAGCUGGUGGAGAAAAGGCCGACGUUGAUGUUAGGGGAAAUGAUUUUGAGGUCAUACCCUUUGGUGCUGGACGUAGAAUUUGUGCUGGUAUGACCUUAGGGUUACGCAUGGUGCAGUUACUAACCGCAACAUUGGCUCAUGCAUUUGAUUGGGACCUACCGGAGGGAUUAACACCUGAGAGUCUCGACAUGGAAGAAGUUUAUGGCUUGACCUUACAGCGUCUUGUGCCCUUGACAGUGCACCCGAUGCCAAGGCUAUCGAAUAAUGCAUAUCAAGGUUCUAUUUAG